CAAAAGCCGUAAACACUUUUUCCGAGUACUUUCCUGAGCUAACUUCGAACUUCGUGUAUCGCCAGCUUGUAAGAAACAAUCGAAGUGCAUGCAACAAAUUUGUCUGUUUCCGCCGUUUUUAAUUUAUUUGGCAUUAUUACAGUUUAACGGGUGACGGAUUUACGCAUUACGGUCAUUACCAAAUCUUCUGUUUCGGAUUUUGGUGGAUACAUUUCUUAUAUUACAUUUUAUGGAUUUGUUGCUUUUAUAAUAUUUUUUAUUGUAUUAAUAUUUUGUUUAAUAUGCUGCCGCACGUUGCGGGAUUGUGUUGCGACGAUGUUACAAAAAUUAUACUAGUCUUGUACAUCUACGAAGUAUCUGUACAAGACAACUGUUGGAUUAUCAUUCUCUCUGGCGCAUGGUGCAUCUGCCCGAAUUGCAAAACUGCUUACAAAUUAUUUGCGCACAAUAAUUCAUGAUUUCCACGAAGUGUCAGGAAAUUUUAGGAAGGAAUUCGCGACGGGAAGGAAAGUCUACGUCAUGGAAUGUGGGCGGUCGGAAACGCCGUGACGUGUCCAUGGAGGCUGGCACAGUUUCGAUUUCUGCCAACGCGAUUUGACUGCUGCAAUUACGAACGCCUACGAGUCUUUCCGAUUGCUCCUUUUCCUGCGUUCAGGGAGCGGACAUCUCGUACCAGCUCAGGCAACAGUUUCCCUAACGAUCAAAAUUCAACCUUCUCCAUUCUCCUGCCAGUUCUAAGCGUUGUUUCCACCUUUAAUACCGUUUUCCAGCGAUUAAAAUUAAGUGAAGUGGGCGCCUAUUCGAUCGUAAUCCGCCGUUGCUCGUUCCCAGGACCACAAGCGUGACAAGCCUGAGAAGUCCACGUCCCCCAUCUUUUUCUCGAAGAUCUUUCUACAGUCGAUAAGAUGAAGCUGCAAGCCUGUGCAACGUUGGCCAGCGCCAUCGUCAUCUUCGCGGUCAUCAUCGGCCCGGUAACACAUGCUGGUGUAAUCGGCGGCGGCGGCGUGAUCGACAGACUCUCCGAGGCGCAUUCUACGGAACAGCACGCAUCAUCUGUGGUAGGACUGAUCAGCAUGAUCGUGAUGACGGCGUUUUUUGCUGGCCUUAUCGGUAUGCUGUCGUUCUCAAAAGCUGGACCAACUGCUGGCAGCUCCUCGUCUAAAACCGCACCUCCACCGCCCAAAUCCACGAAGUACUAUUUCGAUCAAGGGAAGACGUGGACGGCCUCUCCACAAGAACUGGAAGCACGCGUUACAAAAGCCCGGGCGACCAUGGCCGCCCGCGUGCAAGCCUGGUCCCUGAAAACGCCUCACCCGAACGAUCAGUACGAUUACAUCAUGGCGGUGGCUGACUUUUGUGAAGCACAGACGGAGCAGCUGGAGCAGCAUACGGAGACGUGUACCGGGAAAGCCAAGGCGGAGCUGAAGACGGACAUCCAGCGAGUGGAAGCCAACAUCCAGCGGGUGGAAGCCAACAUCCAGAGGGUGGAAGCCAAAGUGGACCACAUCGAUCUGCUGCUGGUUGGCUUAUAUCGCCAUUUCGACGUUCCGCUGGCGGUGGCGCAACAGUAAAUCACUUUGCUGAUUAUUUUUUGCCCGCUUAUCAUUUCAUGUUUUUUUUUCGGGCUUGAUCGUUGCGUAAUGACGCCAGUUCUUUUUUCCUUGUUGUUUACGCAUCUUUCUGGAUGCUUGAGACCUUUUCAGUUCUCAAUUUCGUUGUUUGAUGAUUAACGGAGCCAAUCCCUGGUACUUCCUGAACGCGCGGAGUUUUAGUGGCUCUUCCGUCUGAAUUUGUUGUUCAGCGAACCAAUUUUUAAAUGAAAAUAUUCG